AUGUGGGAACAUUUCUUAGCAGCUUGGAAUGGAGCCCAUUUCUUUCUACACAGUACAGUGACACUUGCCUCAGACAUUGAUAUCUUUACAGAUGCUUCAUCCACUGUGGGCUUUGGGGGAUAUUUUAAAGGGAGCUGGUUCUGUGAUAAGUGGCCAGUUGAGUUAGAUUCACAACAUAAUAAUGACUUAUCCAUGGCUUUGCUUGAGCUGUAUCCCAUUGUAGUGGCAGCAAUGCUUUGGGAGAUUUCGCCUCUUGGCACCAGCAGCACAACAGCACAAGACUCCGUGCCCAUCGUUUUACAGAAUAACCCAAAUUUAGAUGAGCAAUUCAACCAUUUAUGGAGUUUCGCAAUAACAAGUAAAACAAGGCAGGCGUACAAUUGUGGUCAUGCACAGUUUAUCAGAUUUUUAACCAUGAAUAAUGUUCCUGUUUCCAGUCCUUUUCUGCCAUCAAUUUCUGAAAAUUUACUUUUACUUUUUAUCACUUAUUGUUAUGAACACUUGCAUUUGAGUGCUGCUACUAUUGAGUUGUAUUUAUCUGGUAUCAGAUUUAAAUAUAUUGAGGCAGGGUUUCCUAACCCUUUAAGAUCAUUUCAUGGCGGCCCUUUAGAUAGAUUAAAGUUGCUAAUUAAAAGUAUUAAGCGUGUGCAAGGAAAACCACGUAGAGAGAGACUUCCAUUAACAGCUAACAUUGUGGCACAAUUGAUCAAAGCUUUAAAGAAAGGAGUUUUCACCCCCUACACAGAUGUUUUAUUAGAAGCAGUCAUUUUAGUAGCUUUUUUUGGAUUUCUCAGGUGUGGGGAGUUUGCUAUAGACACAACUCAAUUUGAUCACCAGGUGCAUUUAUGUGUAGAGGAUGUAAAAUUCAAGGAUACAAGUCGGGUCUACUUAACUUUGAAAAAGACCAAGACUGAUCCGUUCCGAAGGAGAACUACACUCACUCUCUGUAGUAAUGAUAGCCUCUGCCCAGUCAAGGCUUUACAGGUUUAUAUCAACUUACGACGUCACAGGAAUCCUUUGGUUAAACCAUGCGAUCCCCUAUUUAUUUUUAGAGAUGGCCUACCAUUGUCACGCUCGCGUUUCUUACAUUACCUUCGCUCCCUUCUUAACAUUAUUGGAGUCGAUGCCAGGAAAUAUUCUGGUCAUUCCUUUCGAAUUGGGGCUGCCACCACAGCAGCACAUGUUGGUGUUCAAGACUACUUAAUUAAAUCUUUGGGACGCUGGUCAUCUGACAGUUACAAUCGUUAUAUUCAUGUUUCUGACAAGUCCUUAUUUGCAGCCCAGUCAGCAUUAGUUAACAAAGUUUAA